GAAAACUAAUGAUUUAGUGAACGCCACGACAUAAGCCAACAAUUUAUCCGCAAAUCUUUCUCCUUUCACGUCGUCUUGUGUUUGACUCCAAGAGAAGAGAAGAAGAAAAAAAGUAUUUUAUAUUAAGAAUAAAAUAUGUUAUAAAUUGAAGCCAUUAUUAGAGGGGAAAGCGAUCGAUACAUAACAUAGAAAGGAUGACUUCAAACAGUUCUGUCAGUCUAUACCACAAUCCCUCUCCGCUAACGAUCGAGAAUCUAUCAAAAGGUGUGAAUCACCACAAACUCAAUAUAUAUAACGCCAGAUAUCACGGCGGAAACCCUGCGAUGAGUAAUUCACGCUAUGGUAACGGAGCCCCACUUUCGCACAUGAUUUCACACUACAUCGGAUCCAACGAUCUUCAGCCCCAGAGCCGAGCGCAGAGCUAUCACAGUUCACGGCCGCAGCCGCCACCACCGCAGUCGCCGCCAUCACAGCCACCACCACAACAGCAGACCAUUUAUCAGUCGUCGUCCACUUCUGCGGUGAAUCGGAUCCGACCGGAAAAGUCAAACCGACGAAACGUACAGAAGCUUACGUGGAGAAGCACUCAAUGGGUUAAGGGCUUUGAGGGCUGCGAUGACGAUGACUACGACCAGACACAUGUGGACAGUAUGACCAUUACAGACGUGUCCACUACUGUUGCCAUCAGAAGAAUAUUACUUCUCUACGAAAACCUUCAGUUCAGAGAAGCGGCCAAUUUUAUCAAUCGCUUGAAUUACAGUACAUUCAAAGCCAUAAUCACUGAUUUGCCGAUUGAUGUGUUCGUGGAGUCGAUUCCCAAUUCGUUGCCAAUCGUUGAGGCCUUAUAUGCGAAAGUGUUUCUCAGUUCAAGCGAUGGACUGACGCUGUCCUUCAAAUUUCUUCAUCCGGAGAAUGUGUUGAUGCAAAUGGUCAGACUCUUCGCCCUCCAGAACCCAAGUAUUCCCGAAAACGCUAAUUGUUUGCUGCAAUGCAUUCAAGAAAAGCUCGACUCAAAUCAUCCAUCAGUUGUCUCGUGUAAAAAAUUAUUAAAGGUUAUCAUUCUGUCUGAACCGAGUUUAAGAAAACAAAUUUAUAGCAAAAAGCGUUGUCUAGACCGGGCUAUUGAAGGGCUGGGCCAUCACGGACUGGUCGGCACUUCCGAUGAGAAACUCAUGAAUUUACACGAAGCGCUCAAAUUAGAGUUUGAAAGAGUUAUACAACACUAUAAGACUGCUGUCCAGAAGUUAGAGGAAUUGGCUUUGGCUAAGAAUAAAGAGCCGAUUACGAGCUCAUUAUCGGUGGGACCCGCGCCUACUAAUAGCUCACACCAGAGGCUAUUGAGCCUAAGACAGGACGAGAUUCAAGAGAGACUAAUCAAGAAUAAGACUCUAUUGAACGCUUUAGAGCCCUGUUCUUUCACUAACCACUCUUUGCAAAUACUGUUAGCAAUACUCCAGAAGCGUAUCGAUUAUGACAAAGAAGUGCUCUUCCAAUUCACUCAAUUGCGGAAAGAGUACUCAUCUCUCUCUCCAAACUCAUCGCAACAAAACCCUAUCGAUAAGGAAGCGAUUGUCGCACCCGUUCUCAUGCGGUUCUCUCAUGGAUGCGGUCAGGUUUUGAAUCUAAUACAAGAUGUGCACGGAUUGGACACAUCGGUGGACAACGACGACAGUAGCGAUAUAUCCGGAUAUCACAGCGACUCUGAUUCGGCACUAAUCAUGAAUUCGCCGCUCAAUAUUCCCAAUUGCAAGACAACCAAAAAAUACAAUACAGUUCUCUAUCGAUCGGGUAAGUCAGCCCUCGCAUGCGAACCAUAG